AUGUCGUGGCUGAAGGAAGCAGCUGGUGGAGGACCUCUACCGCCAUAUGUAGACAACUCUCUUGAAGGCAAAGUCCCCGAUCCUCGUAUCCCCAACAGGAUGGUAGCAAACAAGCCAGCCAAUAGGCCUUUCCUGGCAUAUCAUGAGUAUCGUGAGAAGCAAGAAGCGCUGCACGCCGCCUGGUUAAAGAAGAAGCAGGAACGCGAAGAGAAAAUCGCAGGGGGGGAGAAAGUUGGACCCCUUGAAAGGGAUCCCACCGCUCAAGAAGAAGUUGGUGUGCUCGGAUUACUGAAAUUCAUCGUCCUCUUGCUUCUAUUUGCUUCUCUUGCUGGAAAAUUUAUUACCGGCAGCUAUACAUGGGAAUAUGAAAGUAAAUGGACUCGGUUGAAGACAUAUUGGCCGACAAACCAACGCCUUUUUUCUUUGAAUUUACUUUCGGAGUAUGAUGGAACCACGGCGAAUAGACCGACAUAUAUAGCGAUUGACGGUGAUGUGUAUGACGUUUCAAAGGGCGCCGCCUACCAACCUGGAGGAUCUUACCACAUUUUAGCCGGUCACGAAGGUGCUAGAGCAUUUGGUACGGGAUGCUUCAAAACCCACCGUACACACGACACUCGUGGUAUGUCUGAAAGUGAACUCAGGAGUCUUGCCCACUGGAAGAAUUUCUAUGUUGAGCAUAAGGACUACGUCAAAGUGGGAAGGGUCGUUCUACCACCCAUCGACCCGGCAAGCCCUAUUCCAGAGCAUUGCGACCCCAAGAAGGCUCGACAAUCUGAUGGAAAAAAACCUGCGCGGGACAGUGUAACGGAGGCCAAGGUAUCUGUUGCGACGGAAGAAACAAAGAGUACGGCAGGGAAGCACGAUGAAUUCUAA